GAGCCCGGUGCUGCCCAUAACCGGCAUUCGAGGCGUUCCCCCACGUUGGGACUGAGCCAAGAAAGCACUUCGACCCAAAUCAACCUUCAUGCUCCUCCUGCUCCAUUCAUUAAAGCACUGUAAGGGCCGAAUGAAGCUCCUGCUGUACAGAAGCCCAUCAGAGGACGUCCCGCACUGCACCUGCUCCUGUCUGCAAACCCUGAGCUGAGGGAGAACCGCAGCGCUGCUGUAAUAAAGCCUGAAGGCAGGACGGCAGCUCUGUGUCUCUUUUUGCGCCCACCUCGACAGAUCCGCGUUAUUACUUUAACAGCGCAACGCGAGCAGCCCGUCUUUCUGAGGAAAGCACAAAAGCCCCCACGCAGCCGUUUGAUAUUUUAUUUGCUUUUUUUUUUUCAAUCAGCCUUUGUUCGUCUGGGCUGCACCACAGACCGGGCUUUGAAGCCGUUCCGUCAGCCGGAAGGAGGCUGGGCGGGCCCUGCCUAACAAAAAGCCCGCUCCACCGGCUCGGACCCGCUGUUCUCACGCGCUGCCCUCAGCCCGGUGGCCGCUCCGCCCUAACGAGGGGGCCGGGCACAAAAUGGCGGCCUCCGUUUCACAGAGCGGAGGGAUGCGCAGCGCACAUGCGCAGCGCUCGGCGCGCCGUCGCCCGAGAGAGGGACGCGGAGCCGCGGGCAUGGCGGCGGGCGCGCUCGGGAUCGCGGUGUUGUUGGCGGGGCUCUGCGCGGCUCGGGCGCAGGGUGAGCGACGGGAGCGGUGAUCUGUAGGGUGGGGGAAGAAUCCUGCACACUUCCAGACAACGUUCCGUAUGCAGAGCUCAUGGAGGACUUCAGCACAAUGAGCAGCUUUCCUGUUGGAACCAGUGUGAGUUACACCUGUCGCCCUGGCUAUAUGAGGAUCCCUGGGAUGCCUGUUGAUCGAACGUGUGGCAAAAACUUGACGUGGUCACAAAUAGAGACGUUCUGUACAGCAAAAAGAUGUAUUCAUCCUGGAGAAUUAGAACAUGGCUUUGUUAAUGUGACAGAUCUUACAUUUGGUUCAGCAGCUACUUUUUCUUGUGAAAAAGGGUACAGGUUAUAUGGAAAUAGUCAAAUUUCCUGUGUAAUUAAAGAUAAAGGUGUUGACUGGAAUGGAGAUCUUCCUGUCUGUGACAAGGUUCCUUGUGCUCCUCCUCCAAGUAUAGCCAACGGGCACUACACUGAAGCAGACAACUAUGUUUAUCAAACACCAGUAACCUAUAGCUGUAAUGAUGUCCAGAAAGGAGAAGAUCCCUUCUCGCUGGUUGGUUCACCUUCUAUUUUCUGCACAGUUGAUGAGAACUCAAAUGGUGUUUGGAGUGGACCACCUCCACAAUGUAAAGUGGUCAUCUGUGAAAACCCAGAUGUAGAAAAUGGAAGAAAAUUAUCUGGGUUUGCAUCUCAGUAUACCUAUGGGAGCACAGUUAUGUUUGAAUGUGAUCCAGACUAUGUGUUGUUUGGGAACGAUGUGAUUACUUGUCAAGAAAACAGCACCUGGUAUCCAUCAAUACCAACUUGUAAAAAAGUUAGUGAAGAUUCGUGUGGUGCCCCAAAGAUCUCCCAUGGAGAAGUGGUUCCACCAAAAUCUGUGUACUUAAGAGGAGAGUCUGUUCAGAUAAGAUGCAUUCCUCACUGUGCUUUUCCUGAUGGUGGUACAGAGGUCACAGUAAUGUGCCAAGGACAAAACAUGUGGAGUUCUGAACCAAACUGUGCCUGUGGUCCUGAACCUUCUGAUUCCUCUCCAGUCAUCAGCCAUGGUAGAAUAAUUGAAGGGAAAAAAUCUGUAUAUUCCAUAGGGGAUUCAGUUACAAUUGAAUGUUAUGCAGGCUACACAUUGCAUGGUGCAGCUCGUAUUGAGUAUAUUGGAGAAGGCAGAUGGAGUCCAGAAGUGCCAAUCUGCAAGUUAAGUGCCUAUAUCAUUGCCAUCAUCUGUGUGAUCGUGGCAGUUCUGGUGUUCCUGGCAGCCUUCUGGAUCUUUAAGAAAUUCAUUUCACAGGAAGGCUCGUAUACAGUUGAUGAGAGUUGCAAGAAAACAUGUAUUUUAAAAACAAAUACACCAGCUGAGAUGGAAGAACUGCACAAAUGAAUUAAUUGAAUCUUGAAAAAGGAAGAGUGACAGCACUCCACAUACUGCCAAAUACACGAGCUGUAAAGCAUGAAUGACUCUUUCUGAGGGUGGGAGGGAAUUUGCAGUUGGAUGUGCCUAUCAGAAACGAAAAUGAGCGCGCUUAUUCGCCUAUGGAAACCUAACAUACCUCACCCUGUGCUUUAUGCUAUUGGUUAACUGUAAUAGGGAAUAGGAGGAUAAAAAAAAGACCAGAAUUGUCUGCUGUUUUGCUCUGGGUCAUUCACUGUCUCCUCUGUGUAUCUAACAUGGACUUAGAGGCUCUUCCUGCAGCACACAUCGCUGUCUGUCGGCCGGAGCACUUACAGAAGAUGGUCCAGUGUUAGCACUCAAUUUCUCAAUUGCUUUUGCAGUUGAGGUGGUGUAAAUGUCAUCUCUAAUGUUCUGAAAUGUUUUAAGUCUUUGUUCUUCUGAAAGAGAUUGGUGCAAUGUGAGGCUGCGUCUGUUUGAAAUAGUUGCAAUUUAGAUCUUGUAUCUGCUGCUUUCUUGUUUGCCAAAGUUGUUUCUGUAUAUCUGAUGAAUUAAAAUGUGCCUUUGAAUCAGAGUUUUAGCUUUUAUAAUGCCUUCAGGAAGGAAAAAAAAGACCUUUGGUAUAAUCCCAAAGGAGCUGUAGUGGUCUUGUUGCACUGGGGAAGUGAAUGUUUCCCUAGCAGGGGUAUCUCCUGCGUUUGUAUUUAUUGGCCUGUUGACAGAAGGAAAUCAACCAAAACCUGCUGAGAAUCUGUGUGCCCAUCCUUGGGAUGUGUGAUGUUAUUAUGAUUUUUACUUUGAAUCUUGAUGUCCAUUUCAGAGACAGUUAUGUUGCUUUUCAGAAUGAAAUGUUUUCAUAUGAGUUUAGCUGAGCUGAGCGAGGACGGGUCUUGGCUUUGUGGGUUUGCUGCCAACAUGCAGGCAGCUUCUAUGCACCCGUUUUCCCAGAAGGAGCAAGUCACCUGGCAUCAGGUGGCUGAGGCAUUGACUGGGCUGGAUUGGCACUGCUAUUGGGAACAGGUUGUUUCAACAGCACAGAAUUAGUUGGGGUUUCGUUGGGAUGCUCCCAGCAGUUGUUUUUGAGUGCUCCUAACAGUCUCCAGUCCUGAAGAAGGGGUUCUGGCUGUGCAGAAGUGCUUGCUGUUCACAGCCUCUCCAAUAGCUGAUGCUUAGUUUGCCAAUUGCUUGUAAAUACUGUGAAAAUAUAAUAUACUGAGAAUUGAGUGUUGCUCAUUAGCUGGCUUGUGUGUGGCAUUUCCAAUAUCUCGCAAUAUACUGAAAUUGACUGAAAGCUUGAGUGAAAUGACUGUAUAAAUUUGGCUUUAUUUUUAUAUUUUUAUGAAUGUAAAGACGAGUGGUGGCUUGUAUCAUUACAAAUAAAGAUAUUAUUUGGCAGUAA